AGAUAGCGGUUUCUUUUUAAUAAACCGCUACUUCAAGUAGCGGUUUUUGUUUAAUAAACCGCUACUUCAAGUAGCGGUUUUCUAGCAGGUAUAAUUUCCUGAUUUCACUUUCCGCUUUCAUUUUCGUCUUCUCACCAAAAUCCCAUCCACGCCUUCCACCAAAAUCACACCUCCUUCAACGGAAGCCGGCGCAGCCAAGGAAUCCACCGACGCCGCCGGAGCAUUCCUCAGCAACGAAGGCCGCCGCUGUUGACGCCGAGGGUUCGACUUUAGUGGUCGGCUUCGCUAAUUUCAGAAGAAACGUGCUGAUCUUCUUGUUUGUGAAUGAAACAUGGAGGUUCCGAACUACCCUCUAUAUUGCUAUUGGGGUGGAGAAAUUGUCCACAAAGAUAGCGAUAUAACGUAUAGGGGUGGGAAUCAAAAAUUUGUGUUUGUACAUUCUGCGAUGACAUAUUCACAAGUUCUGAACAAGCUAUAUGAAGAAUUGAGUGUUGAUCCUAGAGGUGUGGAGUUGAAGGUGGUUAUGCGUUAUCCUAUGGCUGGGGCAUAUGUUGCAAUUCCGUUAAAUGACGACAACGCUGUUAGAGCUAUGUGGAUUGCUGUGACUCAGAGUUCUUCUGUUGCAAUGCAAUUGUUCAUUGAACAAGUUCCAAAGGAGCCAGUUGUGCAAACUAACACUGGUUCCUUUCCGGGGAUGGAUUUUUUUGGUAGUGUGGAUCAACCGUUUUCCACUGGUGUUCAAAGUGUGGGCAUAGGGUCAUUCACAAGAAUGCUUGUUGAUCCACAUUAUGUCAAUGACCAUCUCUCACAGUUUAGGUCUCCGGCCUCAUCGCCUAAUGUUGGAACCUCGACAAGCACACAACCACAAGGCAUUCUUGAUUCUCUUGACCCAAACAAUGUUGAUGUAUUUGGCGAUGCAGAGAUGAAUGACACUGAUGAAGAUGAUGAUGAAGAGGUAAUUGAAGCUCGUGAUAAGGCAAUUAAAGGAAGCGCCCCCACUUCAGACUUCAAUGAAGUGGCGCAAGUUGAUCCUCGUUUGAAUAACUCAUGGAUGUCUUGGUUAGGAAAUGAGACAUAUAACAAUGGGGGAGAAUUUGAGGUUGGUCAGCAGUUUGACUCAUUGCAACAACUGAAAGAUGCUGUGAAAUCUUACUCCAUAGCUAGAAAUCAAACAAUUCGAGUUGUGGAGGCAGAGCCAGAGAAAUAUGUUGUUGAGUGCAAGAGGAAAGAACAAUGUAGUUGUUCGUGGAGGCUUAGAGGAGUGAAAGAUCCAACACUCUCUACGUUUAAAAUUGUGAGGUACAACGGCCCUCAUGCAAGUAACUGUGUUGGUGACAUCGACUCGGGAGAUCAUAAGCUACUGACUUCCGAGUUCGUUUGCAAUGCUCUUCUAGAUGUCAUUCGCGUUGAUCCUUCAUUGAAAAUCAAGACAAUGGUGCAACUUGUGAAAGAGAAAUUUGAUGGAUUCCAAAUAACCUACAAGAGAGCAUGGCUAGCGAAACAAAAGGCAAUAAAACUCAUUUAUGGGGAUUGGGAGGGUUCAUAUGAACAGUUGCCUAAGUACAUGCAAGCUCUCAAGGAAUCAAAUCCUGGAACUGUUGUUGAGUGGAGGUUGUUAGAGUGUACGGUUCCUGGAACACAUGUUUUUCAACGAGUCUUUUGGGCAUUCAAGCCAUGUAUUGAUGGAUUCCGUCACUGCAGACCCCUUAUCACCAUUGAUGGCACUCAUUUAUAUGGCAAAUACAAAGGCACUCUACUCAUUGCUAUGGGAACGGAUGCUAAUUUUCAACUAUUCCCCCUUGCUUUUGCGGUUGUCGAAGGAGAGAACAAUGAUAGUUGGUCUUGGUUCAUGGCUUGUAUUUUAGCAGCAAUGGAAGAAGUUGGAAGUGGUUGGGAAGAGCCCAAUGCCUACCACAAGUACUGUACACGACACUUGGCUUCUAAUGUGAACUCAAAAUUUAAAAGUGUCGUCAUAAAGAACCUCUUUGGCAAAGCAGCUACUGCAAGGCAGAAGAAGAAGUUUGAUUACUACAUCAACAAAAUUGGUGACUUGAAUGUAGAGGCCCGUAGGUACUUGAUGGAAAUUCCGUACAGUAAGUGGUCCAUUCAUCAUGAUGGUGGUUUCAGGUUUGGUGUGAAGACUACAAACAUGUCGGAAGUUUUCAACGGAGUCUUAAAGGUGGCUCGAUGUCUCCCGAUAACCGCUUUAGUGCAAAUGACCUUUUUCCGGGUUAACUCCUAUUUUGCAACUAGAAGAAGUUGGAGUAAAAGAAGACUUGAAGAGGGCCAUGAGUUAUCGGAAAAGGCUAAGAAGACAAUAGAAGCCAACAUGGAGAAAGCCACGCACCAUGAGGUUGUUGCUUUUGACUAUGAUGCCAUCGGAUUGUAUCAGGUUAGGACCGGUCGUGGAAGAAGAAAAGCUGGUAAAGGUGGUAACUCCCACACUGUGAAUCUGUUGAGCAAGACAUGUACUUGUGAGAAAUUGAGAAUAUACAAGCUCCCAUGCUCUCAUGUACUAGCAGUUUGUCGUCAUAGAAGCCUAUCACAUGCAGACUUUGUGGAUUCUUUUUUCAUGACCGCCGAAUAUAGGCGUUCAUACGCGAAGUGUUUCGGACCAGUUCCUGAUCCUUGCCACUGGUCAGCUUACAAUGGUCCUACUACUAUUGCCAACCCAGAUUUGAAAAGAGGCCCAGGCCGACGGUCCACUAGAAUUCAAAAUGAAAUGGAUGAGCGUCCCAAUCGUGUGAAGAAGGCAUGCAGUGUUUGUCGGUGA